CAGUUGGAGAAUCUUCUCCCACCCGAGAGGUCAGUUGAUAACAUUCCCCCAAGAUGAGAGCCUCUCUAGUGCUUCUGCUGUGCAUUUUAUUAGUGAAUUCCGCACAAAUCAAUUGUACUCGAGAUGUGACUUCCUCUGUUGAUUUUACCAGUUUCUUGAAUAAUGUGAGGUCAGACACACCGGCUGAGGAACAAAGGGAUGCUGCUCUUGAAGUGAUUUCUCGAUUAAUUCCCGAGAGAGCUCAUGAAUUCACAGUGGAGAUUAAUAUUUCUCUCCCUCUCAAUACGUUUAAGAUUUCAAAGAGCGAUGAAGCAGACAAAGUGCAAAUUGUAGCGUCAUCGGGAAUCUCAGCUUGCAAAGGAUUCUAUCACUAUCUGAAAAAUUACUGUGGUUGCCAUGUGUCCUGGGAUGGGGAUCAGUUAGCACUUCCAGAAAUUUUACCGCUCGUUAAACUGUCUCGGACCUCUCCGAGUCGCUUUGUCUACUACCAAAAUGUCUGUACAUGGUCAUAUUCAUUUGCUGCCUGGACAUGGCUUGAAUGGCGUCGUCAUAUCGAUUGGAUGGCUCUCAAUGGUAUCACAUUGUCCCUAGCUCCUGUCCAGGAAGACAUUUGGACUGACAUUUACCGAGAAAUGGGACUCAGUGAAAAAGAAAUUGAAGACCAUAUUGCUGGACCGGCCUUUUUAGCAUGGCAGAGAAUGGGCAAUAUAAGAGGAGUAGGAGGACCUCUGCCUGAGCUUUUCAAAGGACGCCUUGCCACAUUGCAGAAUCAAUCGGUUUACGAAAUAAGACGUUUGGGAGGAAUGGUAGCUCUACCUGCUUUUGCAGGCCAUGUUCCUGUUGCGCUACAAAGACUUUUUCCAAACGCAUCUUACACACCAGUUGAACGGUGGAAUAGGUUCAGUGAUGAUGAAUGUUGUCCUCUGUUUCUUGAUCCUUCAGAUGAGCUCUUUCAAUCAAUUGGAAAAACCUUCCUAGAGAGAAUAAGGGAGAAGUAUGGAUCUGAUCACAUUUACUUUGCUGAUCCAUACAAUGAAAUCCAACCCAAGGAAGCUAAUCCCGAUUACUUAAGGAAAUCUGCCCAGGGAAUCUUCUCAGCAAUGCAAGCUGUUGAUGACAAAGCUGUAUGGUUGCUUCAGGGUUGGAUGUUCGUAAAGAAUCCUUUUUGGAGUGAUGAACUACUAGAAGCCUUUCUCACUGCUAUCCCACGUGGGCGGUUUCUUGUCUUAGAUCUGCAAUCAGAACAGUUUCCUCAGUAUGAAAGGACAAAUUCGUACUACGGACAACCUUUUAUUUGGUGCAUGCUGCACAACUUUGGCGGGACACUUGGUAUGCAUGGAUCCGUUAACAACGUCAACGUUCUGGUUCCUGCAGCUCGUCAGAGAGUUAAUAGCACAAUGGUUGGCGUGGGAAUUACGCCAGAAGGGAUCAAUCAAAACUAUGUGAUGUAUGAAUUUGCCUUGGAGAUGGCCUGGAACUUUGAGUCUGUUGAUGAAGAAUCUUGGUUCUUCAAAUACGCCAGUAUCCGCUAUGGUCAUGUAAACUUCCAGGCAAUCGAUGCGUGGCAGCAAUUGAGGAAUAGUGUCUACUCUUACAAGGGGUUAGACAAGAUCAGGGGGAAGUAUACCUUCUGUCGAAGACCUAGCCUUAAGCUUUCGCCUUGGGCAUGGUAUGAAAGAGCUAUGAUUGAGCGUGCCUGGGAGAGCCUUCUCAAUGCUUCGGAUGGACUUAGUUCUUCUCAACUAUAUCUUCAUGAUUUGGUUGACGUCACACGCCAGGCACUUCAGAAUCGUGCCGACGAGAUCUACCUUGUUAUCAUACAGGCAUACAAUCAUCAGCAAACUCUUUCGGUAGAAAGAAUGGCUGCACAAUUUCUCGAUCUACUCGCAGAUAUCGAAAGGAUCCUCAAAACUUCUUCACACUUCCUACUUGGACCAUGGAUUGAGAGUUUCAAAGCAAUGGCAACAUCUGACUCCGAGAGGCAUCUCUUCGAGAUGAAUGCUCGAAAUCAAAUAACCCUGUGGGGUCCUAAUGGAGAGAUUGUGGACUACGCUACUAAACAAUGGAGUGGACUUGUUGAAGACUUCUUUUUACCUCGCUGGAAGUUGUUCUUCAGCGAAAUGAUAACUGCAAUGAAAGCCAACAGCACCAUCAAUAACAACCAAGUUCAGGAGAAAAUUUUCCAAACUGUCGAAGUCCCUUUUACCCUGGACACAAAAAUCUAUCCUGUAAGUCCAGAAGGAGAUCCCAUUGCAAUUUCUAGAGAAUUGUACGACAAAUGGGCCGAUCUGAGACUGAAUGUUACGAUUCCCAAAAAGAAGCCAAAGAGACUGGUCAGGAUGAGCAGAAAAGCCAGGUAUUUUUCAUAAAUGCCAAAGGAACUUGCUUGUAAAACUUUCUCAAUGAUUAAAAGAAUAUUUUUUUAUUAAAAA